AUGAUCUUUGAUAUUGGGCACGAAUCGCACGAUGUGAAUCCAAGCCUGCCAGAAUUUCGCGUUGAGACAGGUCCGGACCUGUUUAGUACACCGCAGUCAUCUCAUAUGAAUGAAUCGUCACAUGAGGGGGAUUCAAAUCGAAUUGGGGUGAAGCGGUCAGCUGAUACAAUGGACAACAGUAGUAAUGAGAUUGACAAUGCAUGUGAGUCGUCUUCUACGAGUAAGGUCUUGAAAGAGACCACUGGCGGUCAAAAGCAAAAAUCUACGCGCGGCGCACGCGCUUGUACCAAUUGCCAUCGACUUAAGAUGAAGUGCGAGGUCAGCGAGAAUGGUGGGCCAUGCCAGCGUUGCGCACGCAGUGGACAUGAAUGUAUAUUUCUUGAAAGCAAUCGCGGACGUAAGUCUGAUAAACGGCGCAAGUCUGAGGCAACACAGCAGAAUUUGAAAAAGGUUGAAGAGCUUUUUGUCUCAUUGUUGCAGAAUGCUUAUGAGCUGAGCCACUCACCGCUGAGCUGUGAAACAACGCACCCUGUGUCACCAUAUCCUAUAUCCUUGGGAACUACUAUGAAUGAGGCGGCUGGCUCUCCCCAAUCUGGCAGUGCCACGACGACGGCAAUAUCACCAACGACUGUCGAUAUGCUCGUGACACGAGUUCAAAGUCUGCUAUCAAUGGAGCGUGUCACUAACGAUCCACGCUCAAUUCAUACAGUCGCAGAGCAGGCAGCCAAAUUUAUGCAGCAGAUGGGCAUGCUGGAAGACAGUAUGAUGGUGCGUGUGCUCGAUACCAGUGAAGAAGGCUUGUUGAAGCAUGUCGUUCGAACUGCGAUUUCCGGGCAUACUUUUGCACCGCAUCCGCCUUUGUCGAAACCAGCAAGGUCUGAGACGGUGGAUUCUAUGCAAGUGCCGCAUUUGCCUGACAACACAUUGAACCCUCUCGGUCUCUUCGCUGAGGCAAGCCUGCAAAAUUGGCAUAGGCAGCAAGCAGACAACGGGCGGAAUGCAUCGACCUCGCGCCCCUCUUCGAUGGCCGAUUCCACGCACCCAGACGGUAGAGGGCAAGAGGGCAGCAGCACGGAGCCAGAGAAUUCAUCGCAGGAGGCACGCGGGAUGCCAAGGCGUUCUUCACAAUUUGGGGUGGCAAAUGACGCGUACUUUCAUCCUAGUUCCAUGUCAGAUCUGCGUACGUCGGAAAAUGGAACGGAGUCCCCCCCGGAGCUAUUGACGGAGGGGAUCAUCUCAUCGGAGGAAGCUCUGGAGCUCUUUCGUAUCUUUUUCCACCAUUGCUCACUGCACAUGUUCCUCCUAGAUCCUGAGUGGCACACGCCGACGCUUGUAUGCUCGCGUUCACCCUUCCUGUUCACAUGCGUUUGUGCGGUGGCAUCCAAGUUUUAUACACGGCGACCGGAUUUGUACGUUCAAUGCCAACGCCGUGCAAUAAAAGGAGCGUUUGAUGCGAUGAGUCAUGGUUUCAAAUCACCAGAUAUCGUGCAAGGUUUCCUCUUACUCACACUUUACAACCAGCCUGUUGAGCGAUACGAAGAAGAUCGGACUUGGCUGUUUGCUGGUGUGGCGAUCCGCAUGGCACAAGACCUGAAUUUGCACCGCAAAUGUGUGAUGUCAGCGGAAGCAAGAGCUGACGAGCCUACGAUGCGUGAUGUGCUCAAUCGAGAACGGACAUGGUAUAUCUGCUUUUGUGUGGACCGGACGCUGAGCGCUCAGAUGGGCAAGCCGUACAGUAUUCGGGAAGAUUUUUUGAUCCGGCACGCGUCUGAGUGGUGUGUCCAGCGCUUUAGCCGGCCCUGGGACCUAGGCAUUUGUGCUCUCGUUGAUUUAUUGCGCGUACAGACGAGGCAGCUAGAUUUUUUGUACUCGUCAACUGUGACGCCAUCCGGCUUGAACAUCGACUUGGACUAUCCGGCGAUUCUCCCAUCUUUUAAUGAGCAACUGACAGAGACCAUGCAGUACUGGUACCGGCUUGGACUCGACUCUGUUAGGCGCACGUUGCAGCCACCACUAACCCACGAGUCGGCGCGGCCAUCGUCACAAACAGAGCCACAGCCCCAUUUCUAUUCGCACUCUCACGCUCCUUCUUACACGCAUGCCCGUUCACAUCCACAUCUACAUACUAUGCCCCUAAAUGCAUUAGGCUCUCGGAAUAACCCACCCGGGCCCCCCUGUACCCACUCCGAGACACCCUCACGAGCUACAGCUUCACCUGUCAACCUGACUUGCGUCGCACCCAGCCCGCAUGCGUCGCAUUCACAUUCUGCCUUGGACAGUGAACCCGAUGUUCCGCACAGAGGUGUACCGCCAAAUAACAAAUGUGGAGAUGGAAUCCAUUCGCUCAUCCCAGCGCUUGACCGCGUUGUGACGCAUCUGGAUCAUACAGGCACGGCCGACACACUGCGUGCGUCGGCGCUCCUGGCGCUGCAUGAAGCAGGGCCACCAGCUGACGACGCUGAUCUGGCUACUCGUUCUAUGUACUAUAUUGCACGACAAGCGCCGUUGCGAUACAAUUAUGCUGUGUUGGUGCUGAAUUCAUUUGGCCUGCAAUAUGCACUUGAACACCCAUCGGACGGCGCUUCUGCUGACAAGCCGCAAUACCUCGUGCGCUGUGUUCAUGCUGCGAAAGAAAUCAUUGCGACAGUAAAAUGCGGCAUGCGGGAAAUCUUGCGUUAUGCCCCAGAUCCAACGUUCGUGGCUGUGGCGUAUGCAUGUGUCUUUCUUCUGAAGCUCAUCCGACCGGUGUUUUCUCGCUACAUCAAUGAAGACGAGAUUCUUGCCCUUGUCAACUACACCAUCGAGGUUCUGGAAGAGGCGGCAGUCGACGCGUCACAUACACCUGCUCUUUAUGCGUCCUUCCUCCGGAUGCUCGUCGAAUCACGAUUAGAUCAACGUUCUGGCGAAGCAACAUACAACUCGUCGCCCUUAGACAAGUCUUCCGACAAGGGACCAAGGCGGACUGCCACCUCUAUGGACGGCGUCGCUCAGGGGAUUCCUGAAUCACAUGAAUUCUACAGGAUGCAAGGAACGACCAUGGCACCACCACCUUCCGCAGAGGCUGGAUCUGCUCAUGAUACGACGCAUGGGUCCAGGUUGAACAAAUCGACCAUGGCACCGUCGACGUCAACGCAUGUUUCAAUGGACCAGGAUCCAUCACUCUCGUCUUCCCGGCCGCCAGCCAUGACUGUAAACCCCUCGCAGGUGAAUCCUAUGGCAGCUGAGAUUGCCUCAAGAGACCAAAAUCAGCAUCCUCCGAGCAAAAGCCUGUCAGGUUCUCAUCAUUGCGACACUAAUGAGCAUCGGCUGCCGACAGCUAUAUCUAUGCCGCCUUUGUCAACAACGCCGAGCCCGGCAGAGUUCCACAACAAAUUGCAUGACGCACCUGGUCCUACGCAAGAUACCCUCUCUGAUCUACAUGGCUGGGAUGCUUUGCAGUAUGCCAAAGCACAGGGUGUCGAAGUGAACCGUGUGUUGGACGACAGUUUCUGGACAUCGUUGCUACCGCCAGGCUACGGUAGUGGUGUUGUCGGCAGUGGACUCGGUUCAACGACAAAUGCAUUUGACUUGAAUCGUGACGUCGAUCUGUUUAAACCUGCGUCACACUGGGGAAGUUCACGAGCCGCACUUACACCUGGAGCAACGCGGCCAUCUUCACCGACGCUUUUGCACAUGCCGUUGUAA